AUGGUUAAACGCAAAGGAGGUAGACGGCAGCAGGCCUUACCGGUCACUGAAGAUGACCUAUCGGAUGGUGUCAGUAGUGAUGUUGAGGGCCUUGACAUGAUUGGUGGCGAUGAUGAACGUAAUGAUUAUUCGGACCUUGAGGGCGAUGAGGAGGUCGAUGUUAUGAGCAUAGCUAGCGGGGUACACCAAGAGGACGACGACACGGGU